CCGAAUCCAGCCUUCCUAAACUCAUAUCACCAUCGUUACUUGGAAAUUGGAAUUGGAAAUCACAGAUCCACAAUCCCUACGUGGCCGGAAAGCGCCACCUUUAAAAGUUAGCCUUUUGCGAUGCCAGGGGUAGCAACAAUGGAAUAUGAGUUACCAGUAGAGCCCCAGUCUCUGAAGAAUCUCAGUUUCAAAUCUCUGAAACGAGCCCUUGAUCUAUUCUCUCCUCUUGACUGCAAGAAGAAUCGGUUAAGACAUAAGCUAAAUUUUGAAUACAGAUCUAUAACAAACACAUCCCCAGCUAUGGCUUCUCAAUCGUUCCAAGCUCAAAGGGAAUCUGCUUCUUCUAACGCCCUUUCUCUUGCAGGCAUAGAAAUUGCAAGAAUCGGCCCCCAGAAGUGUGGGUUAGGUAAAGAAUUAGUGCUCGGUCCAGCUUUACAAUCAAAGAUCAGAUUUUCUACUGCAAUUGCUCCAUUAAACCCUUCUUCCAAAAAGGGUCUUUCAACUGCUGCAACCAUGGAAAGAACACCAAGUGAUUGGCCACACCCUGAGUGGCAUGCGCCCUGGAAGAACUACAGGGUCAUCAGCGGGCACUUGGGUUCGGUGCGGUCUGUUGCAGUGGACCCCAGCAAUGCGUGGUUCUGUACAGGCUCAGCAGAUAGAACAAUCAAGAUCUGGGAUUUAGCAACCGGGACUCUAAAGCUCACCCUUACUGGUCAUAUUGAACAAAUAAGAGGCCUUGCAGUUAGCAGCAAACAUACCUACAUGUUCUCUGCUGGCGAUGAUAAACAAGUCAAGUGCUGGGACCUAGAACAGAACAAGGUCAUUCGGUCUUAUCAUGGUCACUUAAGCGGUGUUUAUUGCUUGGCUCUACACCCCACCCUUGAUCUUCUACUUACUGGGGGUCGUGAUUCUGUGUGCAGGGUUUGGGACAUCAGGAAAAAGACUCAAGUUCAUGCUUUUUCAGGGCAUAAGAACACAGUUUGCUCUGUUCUUGCUCGGCCGUUGGACCCUCAAGUGAUUACAGGCUCAAAUGAUUCAACUGUGAAAUUCUGGGACCUCAGGAAUGGGAAGACCAUGUCAACACUCACACACCACAAGAAAUCUGUCCGGGCGAUGGCAUUGCAUCCAAAGGAGGAAGCUUUUGCGUCUGCCUCUGCUGACAACAUAAAGAAGUUUAAACUCCCAGAAGGAAAGUUUCUGCACAACAUGCUUUCCCAGCAGAAAGCAAUUAUCAAUGCCAUGGCUGUCAAUGAGGAAGGUGUGUUGGCUACAGGAGGUGAUAAUGGGAGCUUGUGGUUCUGGGAUUGGAGGAGUGGCCACAAUUUUCAGCAUUCACAGACAAUUGUUCAACCCGGGUCUCUGGAAAGUGAGGUUGGCAUCUAUGCAAUGGCAUAUGAUGUCACUGGUACAAGGCUUAUUACUUGUGAGGCUGAUAAGACCAUAAAGAUGUGGAAAGAGGACGUAAACGCCACCCCGGGAACUCAUCCUCUUCACUUUAGGCCCCCUAGAGAUAUUAGUCGGUUCUGAACGGUGGAUUGUUUUCUGGAGUCCUAGAGAUUUCAUAAUCACGCUAUCUAAACUGUAUGAAGAAGUACAUUUCAUAUUAGUCAUUUAGUCUAUUAGUUUCUAUACUUACAUUAUUCUAAAACAUCUACAUGCUAAAAGCUUAAAAUUUCAAAACUUACACAAGUUCCUCAGGAAUAGAGUUCAGGACUUCUAUUGAUUGGAUAAUGUCUUCUCAUAGUCUCAUGUACACAUGCUAAUGUUUUGUUCUUUCUCUCAUCUACACCCAUGAUUUAUUGGCAAUAUUCCGCUA